UGGGAGUGAAAUGGGGAGAAUUCAACAGAAGAGAAACGAGGCAGUGGAUUAAAUUUGGAGGUCGGGCUGCGUAGGUGCCAACCGAAAAAUUAAUAACAGCAAAUAAUCCCAUAUACGGAUACCCGUUUUUGGGACAAGUCAUGGGAUAACGCCGCGCGCCGCGGGAGUAUACACGGGAUUGCUCUCCCCCUCCUCUUUGCACUGCUCCAUUUGGAAUAUGGUACAAUAGAACUGGAAACAUCUGCACGCGAAAAUGAAGCAGCGCUGUAUUUUGAUGUCGUCGCUGGAAGGAGAGGAGGCGCACGGAAAACACAGAGCGCUCUUUUGCUGAACGAGUGUUUGAAGAAGUAAACCCGGCGUGUCACUUUCUGUCGCUUCUUUUCUUCUGGUUGCUGUUCAUCUCGCCACCUAUUCAGCACCUUGCAGCGGAAUGCGCUGCGGAGCGGCGCGCUGCCUCGGGGUCUCGCCUGUACUGUUGGCACACGCCGCCGCUACUCCUGAAACCCAGCCCCGCCGAUGCCUCGGAACGAGUGUUGCCUGGUGUGUAACGAGCAGUCUGCUGGGGUGAUGCUUCAUUUGGAUGUGGAUCUAGCGGCUGGGUAGAAGGCAAUCCGUCGAAGCCGUAGUUGUUGUCAAUCAGUCAAUUAUUGAUCCGUCAAGAUGGUGGAGCCGGUCGGUUUCGUCGAGGCGUGGAAAGCGCAGUUUCCAGAGUCGGAUCCCCCCAAGAUGGAGCUGAAGUCGGUUGGCGACAUCGAGCAGGAGCUGGAGCGCUGCAAAGCUUCGAUCAGGAGGCUGGAGAUGGAGGUCAACAAGGAGCGCUUUCGGAUGAUUUACCUACAGACACUGUUGGCCAAAGAGAAAAAGAGCUACGACCGCCAGCGAUGGGGGUUUCGACGGGUGUCCCAGAUCCACGAAUCGGAACAGGGGGAGCCCGAUAGGAGCAGCAGGUGCCAGCCAGCUCCCGGCGAGGAGAAGUUUAAAAACAGGCCACCUCCAUUGAGGAAAUCGUCCUCCCAGAGCGACGGCUGUGAGCCCCUGGAGCUGCACUAUCCGGGAGAUGCAGACAGGUGCAAAAGGCACCACGAGGGACCCGAAGGGCGACUGGAGGCGGACGGCUCCCCGCCAGCCAAGCCCCGGGGUGUCGGGCCCAACCGCAGGGACGUGAGGGUGCUUUCUGACAAGGAGGGUCUUUGCGAUGCGUCCACCAAAGAUAAAACGUCCACCAGCGUGGCGGCACUCCGGUCCAACUUCGAGAGGAUCAAGCGGGCCUAUUCGCACUCCGCCGGGGACGAGAAAGGGCGGCCAAGCGGCGGCGGUGGGAGCGACAAGCCCUUUUACGUAAACUUGGAGUACCACCACGAGAAGGGGCUGGUGAAAGUCAAUGACCGAGAGGUGUCGGACAAAAUCAGCACGCUGGGCACUCAGGCCAUGCAGAUGGAGCGCAAGAGGUCUCUACAGUCGCUGUCCAGCAAUGUGGCGCCCGCGGCAAGCGAUUUCCGCCGGCAGGUGUACCGCGGGAAGUCCACGGAGAGCGGCUACGACGCCGAGUACGAGGAUGCCGAGCUCAACCCGCGCUUCCACAAGGACACGGGCGUCCGCGCCAAUGGAGGCAACAAGGCUCCGCACCAGCCUUACACGAGCAUCUACGUAGGCGGCAUGAUGGGGGACGCCGAGCAAGACAAGCAUCUUACAUGGCCGCGGAGGUCGCUCUCCCCCGGGAGCUUCGAGGAUGCCGGCGGUGGCUACACGCCCGACUGCAGCUCCAACGAGAACCUGACCUCCAGCGAAGAGGACUUCUCCUCGGGCCAGUCCAGCCACGUCUCCCCCAGCCCGACCACAUACCGCCUGUACCGGGACAAGAGUCGCUCGCCGUCCCAGAACUCCCAGCAGUCGUUUGACAGCAGCAGCCCACCAACCCCGCAGUCCCAGAAGCGCCACAAGCAGCACGUGGUCGUCUCGGAGGCCACCAUCGUCGGAGUGCGCAAAACCGGGCAGAUUUGGCCGAGUGACGGGGAGUCCAUUGCUUCGAGUCGAGCAUCGCACGACAACAGCUUUCACGGUGACCUCGAUGCCUCCUUCAGUGGGACACCACCUACUUACGGCUAUGAUGCUGACCGAGCAGAGGAGCAGCGGCGACACCAUGACAUGAUGCCGUACAUUGAUGAUUCCCCGUCGUCUUCCCCUCAUCUCAGCUCUAAGAGUCGGGGCAGCAGAGACACGUUGUCCUCUGGAUCUUUGGAGUCCUCUAAAUCGAGUGAACCUGACUUGGAGAAGGGGCUGGAGAUGCGAAAAUGGGUCCUGUCUGGCAUUCUGGCCACUGAAGAAACCUACCUUGGUCACUUGGAGGCACUGUUGUUGCCCAUGAAACCUUUGAAAGCUGCAGCUACCACCUCUCAGCCUGUAUUGACCAUCCAGCAGAUUGAGACGAUCUUUUUCAAAGUGCCUGAACUCUACGAGAUCCACAAGGAGUUUUACGAUGGCCUUCUUCCCAGAGUGCAACAGUGGAGUCAUCACCAGCGUGUUGGUGACCUCUUCCAAAAGUUGGCAAGCCAGCUCGGUGUGUAUCGGGCAUUUGUGGAUAACUAUGAAGUUGCUGUGGAAACUGCAGAGAAAUGCUGUCAGGCCAAUACUCAGUUUGCGGAAAUCUCUGAGAAUCUUAAAGUAAGGAGUUCAAAGGAUUCCAGAGAGCAGUCAGCCAAAAACUCUCUGGAAGCACUCCUUUACAAACCAGUAGACCGAGUCACCCGCAGCACUCUUGUUCUACAUGAUUUGCUGAAACACACCCCAGCGAGCCAUCCUGACUACCCACUGCUACAAGAUGCCCUUCGUAUCUCCCAGAACUUCCUUUCCAGUAUCAAUGAGGAGAUCACACCACGCAGGCAGUCCAUGACUGUCAAGAAGGGAGAGCAUCGACAGCUUCUGAAAGACCGUUUCAUGGUGGAGUUGGUCGAAGGGGCACGGAAACUGCGUCAUGUCUUCCUGUUCACCGACCUACUGCUUUGUGCCAAAAUGAAAAAACAAAUUGGAGGGAGAAGUCAGCAGUACGACUGUAAGUGGUACAUCCCAUUAGCUGACCUCAGCUUCCAAACUGUGGAUGAAACUGAUUCCUCUCCCAGCAUCCCACAGAUACCAGACGAGGAGAUCGAUGCCAUGAAAAUAAAAAUAUCACAAAUCAAGAAUGAGAUUCAGAGGGAGAAGAAAGCUAACAAAGGGAGUAAGGUGAUAGAGAGACUAAAGAAGAAGCUGUCAGAGCAAGAGUCACUGCUGCUGCUGACGUCACCUAACAUGGCCUUCAGAGUACACAACCGGAAUGGCAAGAGCUACAUGUUCCUGAUCUCUUCGGACUAUGAACGAGCAGAGUGGAGGGAACUCAUUCGAGAGCAGCAAAAGAAAUGUUUUAAAAGCUUCUCACUGACAUCUGUGGAGCUUCAGAUGUUAACCAACUCCUGUGUGAAGCUUCAGACGGUCCAUAGUAUCCCACUGACCAUAUACAAGGAAGAUGAUGAAUCUCCUGGACUCUAUGGGUUUUUGAGUGUUAUUGUUCAUUCCGCUUGUGGGUUGAAACAGAGCUUAAACCUUUACUGUACCCUUGAAGUGGACUCAUUUGGUUAUUUUGUGAACAAAGCCAAGACGCGAGUCUAUAGAGAUACAACAGAGCCAAACUGGAAUGAGGAGUUUGAGAUUGAACUGGAAGGCUCCCAGACACUGCGAUUACUCUGUUAUGAGAAAUGUUACAAUAAAACCAAGCUCAACAAAGAGGACGGAGAGAGCACCGAUCGGAUUAUUGGUAAAGGUCAAAUUCAGCUGGACCCACAGUCUUUACAAGACAAAGAUUGGCAGAGGACUUUGAUAUCAAUGAAUGGGAUUGAGAUCAAACUCUCUAUGAAGUUCACCAGUCGGGAGCUUAGUCUUAAGAGAAUGCCAUCAAGAAAGCAAACUGGAGUAUUUGGUGUUAAAAUUGGAGUUGUAACAAAGAGAGAGAGGUCCAAGAUUCCUUACAUUGUGCGACAAUGCAUAGAAGAGAUUGAGAGAAGAGGAAUGGAGGAAGUGGGGAUCUACCGGGUAUCAGGAGUGGCAACUGACAUCCAAGCAUUAAAGUCCGCGUUUGACGUCAAUAACAAAGAUGUAUCGGUGAUGAUGAGCGAGAUGGAUGUGAAUGCCAUUGCAGGAACUCUAAAGCUGUACUUCCGUGAGCUGCCUGAACCUCUCUUUACUGAUGAGCUAUACCCUAACUUUGCUGGAGGCAUUGCCUUGUCUGACAGUGUUGCAAAAGAAAGCUGUAUGCUGAACUUGCUGCUGUCCUUACCCGAGCCAAAUCUCGUCACAUUUCUCUUUCUUCUGGACCAUCUAAAGAGGGUUGCUGAAAAGGAAAGCAUCAAUAAAAUGUCCCUCCAUAAUCUGGCCACAGUGUUUGGGCCCACGCUGCUUCGUCCUUCAGAAAAAGACAGCAAAAUUCCUAGCAAUCCCACUCAGCCUAUCACGAUGAGUGACAGCUGGUCACUGGAAGUUAUGUCUCAGGUCCAGGUACUACUCUAUUUCCUCCAACUUGAAACCAUUCCAACGCCGGACAGCAAGCGGCAAAGCAUUCUGUUCUCGACAGAGGUCUAAGUCCUUCUGAUUUUGAUGACUGUGUUUUAUCUGAAUCUUUCAAAGUGGGAGCUGCAGUUGCAGAAUGGAAAUGGAACUUCAGAUUUGAGUGCAGACCAUUUUGGAAACUCCUGCUGUAUUUUCAUUGUGGAACGUGAGAGCCCAAGGAGUGUAUGGCGACAACCACUAUUGGAUGCUUGUAUUGUAUGCAGUCAUUGAAGAAAAUGGAAGAUAACAAAACAAGACUAUACAGUGUAUCAUAGAUAUAUGUAUAGUACAGUUUAAAUGCAUUUAAGGAUUCACAUCUAGAUUUUUCUUUUAUGAGAAGAAUCUAUUAUUGUGUCUGACAUAGACAGUUUACUGCUAUUGCUGUACACAAGAAGAAAAAUAAUUUAAAGUAUUUUUUUCCAAUCCAGUUUUUAUUAUUAUUAUUUUUUUUCUUUUUCUUUGAAGGACCUUGCGUCUAGAUGGUGGACCAUACCAGCUCAGAUACCUUGUUGUCAUGUAACUCUAAUGCAGGCUUGCAUUGUCUAUAGCCCCAUAUUGCUCAUUUGUUGUUGUAUUCUGUAUUUUUCUGGGCAUUUCCUUUCUUAUUUCACCAUUAGAAAGUUAACGUACGGUGGUUGUUUUACCCCGAAUUACAGUGUCUGCUGAAGUACUCUCUGAUGUUCCUGUAGAUUUUGAAAUGAGGCAAUCCUGCCAUUGAGCUGCAUAAGAAGAGUACAUUGAUUUAAAGAAGCAGUCAAGGAAUGUUACAAUAAAUAAUAACAUAAAUGGGAAAUUAAAAACCUUAACCUCAUAAGGAGACACAGUCCCAAAAAAAGAAUCAUUACUGAAACACUGUUUUGGCAUAUUAUUAAAAGAUAUUGCAAACUUCAGUUCUGAGGCCUGAUUCAUACAGGCGGUGCUACUACUGAAAGGAGACCAGUGGCGUUUGAAAUAGUCCAACUUGUAUACCAUAACCAAGAAAAGUGAGUAUCCGCUUUUGUAAACCUGACUUUCAGUAGCAUUAUCGGAGGAUGAAAAUAUUUUUUAGGAUUUAUUUCCAUUUAAUUAUACCUCCAUUUGUUUGGUUGUAUUCCCAGAAUUACCUUAUAACAACGCUGUAAACAAUGUAUAGACUGCACUUCUUAUGAUUGUAAAGCAGCACAUGUGAUGGCAAAUAACUCGCUAACCGCGAGAGUGGGCAGUUUAUUGUCAUAACCGUCACUGCUAAGCGGUUCACCAGACAUUCCUUUUUCUGUAUCUAAUUAAGACUCAACAUUCCCUUCUUGUAACAUUUGCUUUGUCUCAUUCUGUGCAGGCCCAAUUUCCAAAAAAAAAACUCCGCGCUUCAACCAAACCGGAAACGUUUUGUUUUUGAACCAUUUGUUUCUACAACUUACAAAAUAAGGUCAACUGUUCUAGUCGUUAAAGAUGAAAGCAAUAGGCCACAAGAUUGCAAGCCAUGCAGCAGCUACACACCUAACCCCAGUAUCGCCUUCUGUUUCACGUCUUUGUGAAUUUACAUCGUUGUCUUUUUUUGUUUUUGUUUUUAACGUGUUCUUCCUUAUGUCCAGUUGAAUAACCAUCCAUGUUUUAUUUCACAGCUGUCCAGUUUUGAACGUCUCCAGGUUCAGUGUUGCUCAGAAACGUAUUGCACAUUACGUGAACUGCUGUUUGAUUUUGUUUCAAAUGCCUUUUUCGUUUUCCCAUUAUUGACAUCUCCAGUUCCAGGGGAAAAACCAUGAGGCUUGGUGUCACGGAGAAGCCUCCAAAUAAGCAAUCAUUAAACAUUUUUAGUGUUGUUAUUUAGGUAGGAGAUGAUUUAUUUUUACAAAUUAUUAUUUUGGGAAAUAUUAUUUAUUUAUAUUUUGAAUGCCUUUUUUGUAACACUUGUAGCCAGACUAAAUGGACACUGCUGGAUCCUUCUUCUUUUCUUUUUUUAAAUCAGGUUGUCAUUCUUAGCGAGUAGUUUACUAAAGAAUUUAACCUAAGAGCAAUACAUCUGUGCCAAUUUUUGUUUUCUGUGAUUUGGAUUUAGUAUCAAACUGCAGGCUGUCUGUGGAAAGAGAGAAAGAGAAACGUUUUUUUAUUUGAAUUAUUCAAAUUUUACUAUAUUCAUACGUAUAACUUUAACUCUAUGAAACAUGCAGGCAUGUUGAUUUAAAGACUUUUUUUUUUGUUUCUACUUUAUAAUAAAUAACCCAUUUAUAAAUUAUGUUUAUGCUAUUGUUACCCAGAACUGGCUCUUUUGGGCAAGAUAGCAAAUGCUAUAAUGUUUUAUAAUAUAACAAACUGGCACACUUAGCUAACCAUUCUGCUGCUUUCCUAAUGGAGUGUCCCGUAUUAUGGACAGUAACAGUACAGAACGAAAGGAGCCAGUUGGACCUCAAGACGUAACUGUAAGUUUGCUCACUAAUUGUUUUUUAGUUGUUAUGUUAAAAUCUAGAAACAUGACCACUGCAGCUGUUUUAAGUGACCAGGUUAUCAUUUGACGGUGGCUUCCCCACUCCUGUAUACCCGUCCCCGGAUGUCACCCCCUGGCACAGGUGCUCUUUAUCACCUUUUAUUUAUUGAUUUAUAAUUUUUUCGUUUUAAACUGGGCCACAAAGAUGAUCACAGACAACUUUUGUUCAAAUGUACAGGUGCCAGCCAACCAAAUAAAACGGCCAGCGUUCCCCUUAAGUGUCUGCUUGCUCUGAGUCUUGCGGUGUCUGCUGGGCCCCUUGUCUGUUACUUGUCACUCUUCACCAUCGAACAGCAUUCUUACAGUAUAUUCUAUGUGACAGCCAUAAGAUAAGCUGCUAAAUCAUACCAGCUUCUUCUGUGAAGGGGUUUGUUUUUUGUUUUUUCUUUGUUUUUUGUUUUAGUGAUUGGACAGAUGUAUCUGCCAGUUGAAUCAUCCACUUUAGGGCUGAGAAUGGACGUUAAUUCAGCCUCCGUUUGGGAGGCUCUUGUAACUGAAAUGAAGCAAAAAUGUCCGUGAUGAAGUCCUCGCUAAUUCAAAACCAAGUCCACAAUCCAAUAAAACCCUGCAGGCUUGAAACUGCUAUGUCAAGAUUUUUGUUUAUUUUUUAAUAUUUUGAGUAUUUAUGGAAAUGGAUGUUGCUGGCAAUUUCUAUUGGGGGGUUAAAAAAAAAAAUCUGUUAUGUGUGUAUGUGAUUUAUUUUUUUUCUUUCUGUAAAGAUGGUCCGAGCAUAGCGCUCCAUCUAAUUUUUUUUUUUUUUUAUAAUUUAUUUAAAUAAUAAAAAAUAAUGGUUAGCUGAGCAUUUCAUGACAGUCUUAGAUUACUUGCAAAAUAUGUUUGUAACACUGGAUUUAUUUUUAAGAUUUCCUAAAUUUAUCAAUACUGUAUUUAAGACUUUUAAAUUGAAUGUUGUAGUAAUCCAAAUCAUUAAACGUUUAUUUAUUUAUCGUUACCUUGAAUACAUUCAUAACAUUGACUAGGGAGGAGAGAAAACUUACUUUAAUCUGGUGCCUAAAACCUGCUUUUUUUUGUUUCUUGUUCCUCUCAGAGUUGUUGUUUUUUCACAUUACUGUAUAUUGUAUUAUUUGUGUCUAUCCUUAAUCCACAGAAAUUUAAAAUAAUAAAUCUUGUACAAAGAUCACACAAUGACUCUU